AUGGGCCUGGUGCGCUUGAACAAAAAGGCGCUGCGAAGCUUAGAGCCGUUUCAACGGAGAAAGAUUUCCACUCUCAGCUCAAUUGGAAUUGCUCUAGCGUUUUGUCUGGUCGCCGUGAUCCAGGAUCUAUCCAAAGAUCCGUCCAGUGGGAGCCGGAGGCUUUACGAAGAUGAUCCCAUCUCCGUCACAACAAAAUCUCCGAGCCUCUAUCCUGACGACCUGCUCCUCAACAAGCCUUAUGAGGACGAGCCAAUAGGGCGGAAGUUUUUGAUCCUUUUUCACUGCAUUGGCAUUGCGUAUUUGGUUCUCGGAUUGAACACGGUGUGCGACGUCUACUUCGCAGGAUCCAUAGACUUACUCUGUGAUGCCUGGAGCUUGACACCGGAUGUUGCUGGGGCAACCUGGAUGGCAGCUGGUGGAUCUGCCCCUGAAUUCUUCACAUCCAUGGUUGGCGCGACCAUCGCCCAGAAUGAUGUUGGCUUUGGUACGAUUGUUGGAUCUGCUGUUUUCAACGUUCUCUUUGUCAUUGGCCUGUGUGGCUACGUUGCCAAAGGAAACAUCGAGCUGACCUGGUGGCCUCUCUUUCGGGAUUGUUCAUACUACAUCAUGUCCUUGGGCGUACUGGCAGCUUUUACAUACAACCAGACCAUUGCAGCAUGGGAGGCGGGUAUCCUCUUCGCCCUUUACAUUGGUUACGUUUGCUUCAUGUUCAUCAACAGGCCGUUGAACAUUUGGGCGUACGAGAAGACAGGCACCCCCUUCCCCAAAGAGCUUCGCGAAUAUGUGGAGCAAAUGAAAUCCAAGAGCAAAGUGGAGCCAGAAGAAGUGGUCGUGCCCAGCACGGGUGCCCCACCGCCAAAGCCUGGUGCAGAUUCAGAAGCUGAACGGCCGGAACCGGCAAAGGACAAUUACAUGAAGGAAGACCGAGUCGUUGAGAAGGCGAAGCCAGACGACGAGGAGCCGAAGGAUGUGGAGAAGGCAGGCACUGCCACGGCGGAUGGUGAGGACGAUGAAGAAGACGACGAUGAUGAGCCUGAAGAUUUCAUGAUUUUGCCCGAAGGAGCCUUCAACAGAAUAUUGUGGGGCCUUGCCCUGCCAGUUUAUGUGAUGUUGUACUACACUUUGCCUUGGCCGUCCAAGGGCUCAAAAAUGUUCAUGCUUACAUUCGUCAUAUCCUUGAUCUGGAUUGGAACUUUUGCCUUCUUCCUGGUUUGGUUGACAGACACCGUGACGACUGUUCUUGGGAUACCCACUAUCGUCUCCAGCGUCACAUUCCUGGCCGCUGCGACUUCUAUUCCCGAUGCCGUCAGCUCCAUGGCCGUUGCCCGAAAAGGACAGGCGGACAUGGCAGUGAGCUCAUCCGUUGGUUCUAACAUUUUCGACAUCCUAGUCGGAUUGCCAGUUCCUUGGCUCCUGAAGUGUGCGCUGGAAGCAGACAACCCUGACUUUAAGGGUGUCAGUAUCCAGUCUCCUUAUCUGAUGUUUUACACGUGUGUCCUCCUUGGGAUGGUCUUCGGCACUGUCAUCAGCAUCAAAAUUUGUGGCUGGAAGCUGCAGAAAGCACUGGGUGGCUGCAUGGCGGUCCUGUAUUUCGUCUUCAUCAUCACGACUGUGGUGGUGGAGCUGACCCAACCGGUGUGGCUAAUGACAAACCCGCCGGCAUAG